GCAAACAACAGCAGUCUAACACCUCUGCGACUAAAAUGGAAUCGCCCAAGGACACCCCUCAUUUUUAUCAAUGAACCGUUCCCGGCCCAGCGCUUUUGAUGUUGAGAGGCAAUUGCUCCUACAUUCAACAAUAGAUAAUGGAUCGAGCGAUGCGGCGGGCGCGAUUUAGAGACACGGACUGAGAACACAAUGAAGUGGCUCGCCUACAGGUCGGUUUCAUAACAGAAAUGCACUGAUGCGGGAAGGACACACGCGUCUGAUCAAUUGUCACCAGCACCUGCAUAUAUAACAAGAUGCUCACUGAGUCACUGGUACCGGUCCCGUUACAUACAGAGGGAUUUCCCUAACAGCCUACAACUAACGGCUUAUGCAUAGACAUGACUAAUCGGUGAUGAACAUUGCAAGGAAAGAAGUUUAGCCUACUAUUCAUUAAUGUCAUUCCAAAUGACUACAGGCUACAUUUGUGUAAGUUCAAAACCUUAGAAAACUUUGAAGCCACAACUGAGUAUUCCACACAUGUUUUACAGGAGUAUGGUCAUGGACUGUACACUAACACAUGGACGUCAACUCUGUUUGGUGAAUAAUUGAUCGCCCAGUGCCAGCCGAUGCUUGCCGAGAGGCCACGCAAGGGGAAUGGCCUGGGGAAAACCUGACUAACACUUAGCUCACUACAACCACUUUCCUGCACUGAUGUAGUAAGAUGUGUUAGCGAGUUUCAAGAACAUCCGAUCCGGGGAUCUUCAAAAGGAAGAUGCCAUGACGAUGAGGCCAUGAGAUCAUGUCACAACAACAUCUGCUUCUCAUGCUCAUUGGCUUCUUGGUCGGUGUCACAAGCAAUCACGUCCCCCACAGAUCUCCCACAGUGAACCGGGACUGUCCGCAAGGGUGCGUGUGUCAUCAGGACUACAUUGUCGAUUGUGGAUACGCAGGACUGGAGACAAUACCACACGUCCCACCGAAAACAAGAAAACUCAUUCUCGACGGCAACAGCAUAACGGACAUCAGAGGGGAAGACAUUUCCAGAAUGACGGACCUAGAGGAAUUGUAUCUCCACGGCAACAAGAUUCAAAGCAUAACAGACGGAACAUUUUGGCAAUUGUUGAGAUUACGACUUCUUGACUUGUCACACAAUCCUCUACAAUGUGAUUGCAAUUUGAAAUCUGAGUUUGAAAUAUUGAAUAGUAUGAAGGCGACAUUGUCCCUUCGAAUUCUGAACUUGGAAGGCACAACGUGCUCUUUCCCAAUGCAAGUUGGCGGAAAGGCCAUCAGAGUUAUAAAUUCAGGCGCAAUGGAGUGCCAACAAAGAGAGAAGAGACGUGCAAGGCAUGGAGGGUUCUGUGACAGGGACCCUUGUCAGAACGGCGGUACUUGUUACGAAAGCGUCAGGAUGUCCGGCCGGUGUGACUGCCCGACAGGGUUCUGUGGGGAAUUUUGCGAAUGGCUCAAAGGCGACAAGCUUAGCUUGCGAGUCAGUGAGGUGUCGGGGUACUACAUCACGGUCCAGUGGAGAAUCGACAUAGAUGUGAUGGAUUUCCGCAUCAAAUCCGUGGAGGAUCCAACGGGAACCAGUCCAAUAGAAGACCAGGAAUGGGUGGACGGGAGUUGUACGAUGCACAAACUUUCAGAUCUCCACCCGAGCACCAUGUACGAAAUCUGCGUGGCAGCAUACGGGUUCGGCAUGUACGGUGGUGCGUACGCGAAGUCACCGGGUAACUUACUGGAGGAAGUGUGUUUGCUCCAAAAGACCGAUCCGGUACCGACGACGACCGAGAACUCGCCAGACAGCAAGACGCCGCAGCGACCGACUUCUUCCCUAGGUAGUGAGGGCGGCCAAGAUCAAACCAAAAUCGUCAUGACGAUUUUCGGCGUUAUUCUCUCCGUCUGUGUUGUCUUAAUCUUGGCAGUGCUGGCCCUCUAUCUCUCCCGCCGGAGGGGGAUAACGUUGUUACCCAGGCGACGGCGUCGCCGCCGCCGGACACCCCCAAAUAUCGUCCAAGCUGAUAAUCCCACCUACGGAUCCACUGGUUCCCCGACACCAUCGGUGCACGAUUUACCCAUCGAAGAGGGCGAGAGACCGGCUCAAGAAAACGACAUCCCGCUCAUAUUGGUCACCAGUGCCAGUAACGAGGAUAUUGUUAAUCCUAACGGUGCAGGGUGUGAUGGGACAAGCAUGAGUUCUGAAACAGAGUUUAUAGAGUCGUGUGCCGACCCAUCUGAAGCAUCGGCACACGAUCAGACGUGUAGUGCCGAUGAAGCCAAGGAACUUCCCCAGCGAGAGGACGGAGAUGGCGACUCCUCUCAUGAAGAAGACUUUGAAAACGGUCACUUGGACGAAGAUAAAAAUGAGCCGGAUCGACCAGAACGGCCGGAAAAGGAAGUUAUACAAUGCUAACAGGAGUAAUAAUUAUAAGAUAGAUCUUUUGCACUGCAGCCAUAUUUGAGGCGCAUGCUUUUCUUCCACAUGUUUUGCCUGGGUGCAUCCACUGUUACUGAAUCACAAUGUCUCAAAGAUGUCUGUUGAAAUGCAACAGGUCUAUACUGCUUAGAAAAUGAAUAGACUCGGCAAAAAAAUCAAAAGAGAAACCACUGAUAUAUAAUAAUAUGACAUUUGGAUCAAACUGUUUUUUACAUUAUGCAUUGCUCAGGAAAUGUGUGUACUUACAUUGUAUUAAUAGCUCAAAGAAAUGAACCCUAGGAUAUUAUCUUGUUACAUUUGUGCUGCCAAGUACCAUGUACCAUAGGGCUGUGCAUUUUGUUUUCCAAAUAAUUUAGUAUUUGAUUAUUCCAACUUGGACUUGAUCGAAUAUUCAAAUAUUCAAUUUCAAAAUGCACCAGUUGAUCGAGUUAAACAUGUGCCAACCCAAACAGUCUGCCUAUCGGGAUCUGUCAAGGAGCUUUUUAAAAAAAUAGAAAGAUCAUGAAGCGGAAUGGUUGAUAUUCGACCGAUUUUGAAGAAGAAAUUUGAGCUAAUCUCACUAGAAUUGUCUUCGUCUUUGUGCGACUCCUUUGUAUAACAAGUAAUUGCAUACACAACAACACUUUAAAAAUCUCAAAUUAUUCAAAAAUCCUUAACGUGACAGCUACUUUCUCAAAUACAUGAAAAAAAGGGGAGCCGUUCCAUUUCUGAACUGGGUGGCACAAUUGACAGAGAUUCCAAUCACAGUCGUCAUGGAAAUAGUGCCAUCUUGGAUAGGUUUUACAUUGUAGGGUAUGGCAUGCUUUAGAAUCACUUGUGUUGAGACACCUGUAUGAACUGUCAUUAGACUGUGAUUAAUAGGAAAGCUUCACAGGUUGUCUUCCCCCUUCAGCUUUUUGUUGGCUUACAGCCAAUAUACACGCACAUUAUCACAAUGUGUUUCCCGCUUCUCUGACCGAUAUUGAGUGGGGGGGUUUCCACACAAUUUCAUCACAACAGGAAAUAUGUCAUGAAUGUAUGCAUGCGUCAAUAUACAUAUCCACUGAGAUAAGAACUACAGUGUACAUGCUCGAAAACAAAUGCCGCCAAGUGUGGGAAAAAGGCAAUGGUGCGUUAUCUCACUGAAAACAAGCCAGUUCGGUUUCCCGAUGAAGUAGUCCAGGUCAAAGGUCAUUCUGGAUAGAAAUGGAAACAUCUUGUAACCGCAAUGUUACGCAAACGCCCGUUCUGCUUGCGAGCGUGCGGGCGUCGUGUGACUGUCUCCUUGCGCGUUCAUGCGCUUCAAUGAAUGUUCAAUUAACCUCCUGCUAUUGAAUAGGUCACAAAUAGUCAACAUUUUCUUCCUCACCCCCUGGUAUACUGUUAACAAACCAAUGGGGGUCGUGACCAAUAUUGACCCAAGUAAUAACAUGGCUCAGCAUGUUUUCAUAGGAGGGUCAACCCCGGAUUGACCUGUGACCCAUAUCACGGCGCGCAUUCCCUUAUGAAAUACUGAACUGGCUUAUUAUUUGCAUGUCAUGCACAAAUGACUUUUUGAUAGAAUUUUGUUACAGGUGAUUGCAAAUGUUCAAGCCACGUGUGCUGUAAUUUAAGGGUCCAAAGUGUGACAUUUCUCCUGUCCCUGUUACCUUGGUUCUUAGUAAUUUGCCAUUCAAGUAUCAUUAAGAGUGACCUCAAAUGAUUUUCUAUUUGUUAGGUAGGUAGUUUCUUGUUCAUAAGUACUCUUGGAUAAUGACUGCACUAACCCUAACUCCCUACUGGGUUUUACUAAGAACAGUACCGAGUCCAUCAAAAUCCAUCACUGACUCUGCUUUACAUAAUGCUUCAGGAACAAAUCUGCCGAAAUCCACCGGAAAUCCACCUAUGGACUUGGUACACAUGGCUUAUCUGCAAAAAAUCCCCCCCCCUUCCCCAAAUGGGGGGAUGAUUUUGAUGGAGUUGGGAAGGUUAGGAUGAAGGAGUGCAUUGGAACUAUAAAAUCAUAGAUGUCAGAUUUAACAGGGACAGGAAAAAAAGUGGAGACCAGAUUUAUAGAAUGACCCAAAAUGCUUGUGAAUGCAUACAGACUUUUGUGCAUGUGUGUCAGACAUAAAUCGCAGCUGUGACUGUUCAAUACAUACAUGUCAGGCCA